AUUCGCUAUACAAUACAUGAUGUCUUUCUUCAACAUUGUUCGCAAGAGUCUUCCCUCAUCUUCCCGUCUCAUCGCCAGUACCCUUGUGCAGCCCACACGUCGCUACAUCAUCCGUUCGCCACUCAUCCAAAAUCGAAGACCCGCUUCAACCUCCACAUCCGUCUCCCCUUCGACCCUUCCUGAAUAUAUUCUUCCUUCUCAUUCCAGUUCCACCCCGAUCACACCCCUCAGAGUAACAUCUCCAUCAAUACGGGCAAUACAAGAAGAAGGAUACUUAGAAAAUCCCAAGUUACUCCCUCCUGACCAGGCCUUCUUACAUAUCACUCCGGAAGCCGUACAGCAAUUAUCGGAGAUAACCUCACGAGAACCACCGGAUGUAGUGGAUAAGGGGCUGGCUCUGAGAGUAGGAGUGGAAUCAGGUGGAUGUCAUGGUUAUCAAUACACCAUGGUACUGACAGAGGAGAGAGGUGUGGACGAUUAUGUGAUGCAACCAGAUGGAGUUGAUUGCAUCCCCGUGGUGGUAGAUCUCACAUCAUUAGGAUUACUCAAAGGCGCAACAUUACAUCAUGCCACCGAACUCAUCGGCUCAAGCUUUAGAAUACAAGAUAACCCUCAGGCGAAACAAGGUGGAGCUUGUGGAUGUGGGAUAAGUUGGGAGGCGAAUGAAGCGGUUCCGACGUGAAGUCCCAGAGUUCGGACGUCUUGGUCUUUUAGAAUGUGGAUGUAGACGUGUACACUCUGUUAUGUAGCUAGUCAAAAUCAUCGCGUCUCAGCUUUGAUGCACGUAUUCAUAACGAUG